AAAUUGUAAGUUUUUUAUACAAAAAAAUAACUUUUAAUUAACAUUGAUAACCCAUUAUAUCAUUAAUUAUGUAAGUACACACUAAAUAACUACAUAUAUAAAAGGUCAAAGGGGUCUGUGUUAUUCAGCAUGCGAGUAAACAAAACAAGAAAAUAUUGUUAUUAAGAUUCCUAAGUUAAAACUAAGCAUCAGUUGGAAAGUUAUAAUACUUAUAAUCGUCAUGUUUGCGUUUAAAUUUUUAAUGUUAUGUGGCCUAAUAUGUGUUUCGAUGUCUUCGGAAUCAUCCGAGGAAGUGGAAAGAAUAUUGGAAAAUCCCAAACUAGCGCCUUUUCUUAAACAACAGGUAAAGAAGUAUUAUGAAAACAAUAAGUUGAAGGCCAUAUCUGACAUUUUUGAAUCAGUCCUAGGGCAACUACCAAAUCUAACUUUCGUCGCAUGGCAGAAUGUGUAUGACACAAAAGGCAACGUUGUCGAAAUAAGGACAAUUGAAUUAUUCUUCCCUGGAAUUGGUAACUCGUCGGAUCUGUUAAACAACGAUGAAGAUGACGAUGAUGAAGGAUUAGAAGAGAUUCAAAACAAAUAUUUCCCGUUGAUGUCUAAAGCCGGAAUAAGACUAGAGGCUGGUAAUGAAGAAUACGAUAAAGAGGGUACACUUGAAAGCUUUAGUUACAUAGACAGCUUCAAUACGUAUGCUUUUACUGACGGUAUAUAUUUGGUAAAUAAAACUAUAGAAGUAGACAACAAAUCUGAGAUAGAUCAAAAGAUUGAAGAAUUCCGAAAGGGUCCCAAUCCCGUAACCGUACUGACAUUCGACAAAGAGAAUAAGUUUAUUCCUGCCGAAUCAGUAGUUGUUCCUACAUAUUUAGCUGCUGCUAGCUCUUUAAGUAAAAGAAGUAAGGAUGACGACUCAAGCGAGGAAUCGUCGAAAGUGCCCAUCCCCGAAGCCUUGGUGGAAUUUGUCAAACUGGUUGAAAAAUGUAAUCUAAACGUUUCGAUAAUUGGAUCUGGAAAAACAUAUGCGCCCUCAGGUUGGACCAAAGCAGACACAAGUGUAGUUUUCAAUAUGCCUCAAAAUACGGAUGCCGUUACAGAGCCUACCCUAAACGCCGAAAAAAUGAAAAAAUACUUAACAAAAAUUGAAGAAUUGUCUCCUAACGUUGGAGCUAAAACACGAGUAGUAAAAAUAAAAGACGGCCACAGUCAAGAAGUGGAGGCUAAAGAGUAUAACAAAAAACACACAAUAUCUUCUCCAAACUAUAGGCUGUUAACUAAUUACCAAAAUGGAGUCCAGGGCUACAACGUUCCAGAAAACAAGACAAAUGCUGUACUUCAUAAUUAUAUUAUAACCAAUCCCAGCGAUCCUGUAAGGAAUGUUCAAGUUGUUACAUCUGACGUGGUAAUAGAGGAUCGAAGCAAAUCAGAUACGUUUCCACCAAAAACUCUGGAAGAAAUAGAGAAAAUGCUUUCCCAGCUGGUAUUCUCCAUAGAUGAUUCUAGUUUGUUUGCCAAAUUACUUGUACAGGAACUGGACAAGAAAUUCCCAGAGCAAAAUCAUCAAGCCUUAAUCGGUGUAGACACUUUUAAUUUAGGUGCAAAGCCGUAUGCUCAUUUAAAACUGGCUGAAACCAGCGUAGUUGUUUUUAUUAAGUAAACAAAAUAUUCAUUUUUAUGGAAAAGAAAUUAAAUUUGUAUAUUAAAAUAAAAAUGGUGUAUACACA